AUGAUUUAAAAUGUCAUUGAUGUACUUGACUUCUAAACUACAUCUCAGUCAAUAUUUUCUAAGCAAACUUAUUAUACAAUUAGAGGAUCUGAUAAAUAUGGAGAUUUUGAAAUACAUCGUAGAUUCAAGGAUUUUGUUGCUUUAAGAAAUCUUCUUAUUUAAUAAUGGCCAGGAUGCUAUAUCCCAAGUCUUCCUGGAAAGAAACUGUUUAAUGGUAAUGAUGAAAGGACCAUCCAAGAUCGUAGAAAAUUCUUAAAUGCUUUUUGUCAAAAGUUAAGUCAAUUACCUCAUCUAUUCUAAUCUGAAGAAGUAUCAUAGAUCUUUUUAAGAUCUAAAGAUGAUAAAAUCUAUAAAAAAUUAGAAUCCAUCAAAUCUUCAUCAACCCAAGACCUUCUCUAAAAAUACUAAACUACGUUUCCUGAUAUUGUAGAUGUAAUCAUAUUUCAUUUUAAAUCAAGAUAGCCAUUGAUGCGAGUGCACUUAAAGAAAUUGACAAUUUUGCAGAUUAAGUCAGAAAUUAUAGUAUAAAAUUAAAAAACAUUAAAAAGAUAAUUAAGGAUAGUGUUUAAUCAGGUAAAAGCUAUAACACUUGUUUAGAAGAAAUUAUCAAAAUUAGAUUAAUUAACUUUGAAAACUCAUUUGUCUCUUAAUUUAUCAAUUAAGAUCCUUCCUUACUAAUUUUUAACAGAAUCAAAUAGGAAUUAGUUGAUACUUAUUAAGAGAAUUCAGUUUUCAAUAGUAAUAAUAUUGAAAUCCUACUUGAUUUAAUUAGAUUAGAAUCAAAAGAUUGUAAAGUAAUUAUCAAAUAUUAAUUAUUAAGAUUGCUUUGAAAUCUAUUAAUGACAGAUUUCUCUUAGAAAAUAAAGUUAAAAAUUUAGAAAAUAAAAUUAUUGAUCUUGAAAAAGAUUUAGAAAAAUUGAAUUAAGGAAAAGUUUCAUUUAUUAACAUGAUUAAAUAAAAAUCACCUGAAGAUUCUAAAAAAAAAAUUGAAUUAGAUAUAAGUGAAAAUGUUAAAGAAAUUAAUUUACUAUCAGAUUUGAUUAGUUUUAUUAAUAAAAUUCUAGCACUUAAGGAAAGAAACAGAUAUGAAAAUGAAAAAAACUAAUAAUUCAAAGAAAUCAUUGAAGCUUUAUAAUCUAUGGAAUUAGAAAGUAUUAAAAUAGAGACUUAAUAUUGGGGAUUCAUUUUAAAUGAAACAAACAAAUUAAUUGCUUAAACAUAAAAUUCAUAGUAAAUAUAAGUAUAAGAUGAUUAAACUAAUUUGGAGUGA